AAUGGUGCCGGAGCCGUUGUCUUUUCCAGUCUUCGAGUGGCUCUUAAUGAGCGUAGUCUUCUGGUGCGGAAAAUUCUCAAAAACAAAAUAUUCCUUAACGAAGUAAACCAAAUAAAAACAACAUACUAGUGGAACGUUGAUACUCGAAAAUUUACAUUCACAUAUUCGCGUAAUUGAAUACCUUCAAAACGUUCAUGCGACUACGCCAAAGAGCAAAAGUAUACUUUUAACAAAAAUAUGUCUGAUACCUCAUCCUUCGAAAUGAGUUCUGUCGAUCGCCCAGUAAAUCGCUUUCAAGUGAAUCCUGUUAACCACAAAGCGAAUGAGAUGAUACAACUUAAUGUGCCACAAGAGGUCUAUCGGCGUUUGGUAAAUAGCGAUGGAGAAGCAUUGGAAGACGACACUUUCAAUGAAAACGCUACCGAUAUCUUAAACAAACAAAAUUUGCAGCGAACACAUAGGCAUUCUAUAAAGAGCAGCUUUCGUGAUAAAGACAAACCCUCAAGGUUCAAAGAUUCUCAAUCGCAAACAACACGAUUUCAAGUAGCUCCCCCGAAUGAGGAAGACUCGGACGACUCCAGUGGCACUAAGGAAGACCGCGAACUAUUAGACAAUGAGUAUGACACGAAGUAUGGAAAAAGUUUUCGACACUUCACCCGCGAAGCUUUGCCCAGAUUGGACAACUAUCGAAACAUUAUGUCAAUUCAAGCUGCUUAUCGUCCAACUCUUGAUGAGUUACACAACGCAACCUUGACCGGAAAGAGCGCCAGCUUAAGCCGCAAUCAGGACCCUGAAGCGGCUAACAUGAAUGGCGCCUUCAAAUUCGGUUGGAUUAAGGGAGUGUUGAUCCGUUGUUUGCUCAACAUCUGGGGCGUAAUGUUGUUUCUACGUCUUAGCUGGGUGGUGGGACAAGCCGGAAUCAUAGAAGGCUUCAUUUUGAUCCUGACAACGACCGUCGUUACGUGUGUCACUUCGCUGUCAAUGUCAGCGAUUAGUACAAAUGGUGUGAUUAAAGGGGGUGGGACAUAUUAUAUGAUAUCCCGUUCACUUGGUCCGGAAUUCGGCGGAUCUAUUGGUCUGAUAUUUUCACUGGCGAAUGCCGUGGCUUGUGCUAUGUAUGUUGUGGGCUUUUGUGAGUCUAUGUUGGAUCUAUUGAAUAGUUUCGGUCUCAGUAUUAUUGAUGGUGGUACCCAAGAUGUGCGGAUAAUUGGCUGUAUCACCAUUUCCUUAUUACUUAUUAUUGUUGUUGUUGGUAUGGAAUGGGAGGCGAAGGCCCAAAUUGGUUUACUCAUAAUUUUAUUAGUAGCUAUAGGAGAUUUUAUAAUCGGUUCACUGAUUGGCCCAAAGAGUGAAUUGGAAAAAGCCGAGGGUUUUAUCGGCUACAACUUUACAAUUUUCAAGGAAAAUCUGUUCGCCGACUACAGGAAGGAAGAUGGAGUGCAGCACGACUUUUUCUCGGUCAUAGCGAUAUUCUUUCCGGCAGCCACCGGUAUUUUGGCAGGCGCAAACAUCUCGGGCGAUUUGAAGGAUCCCCAAAAAUCGAUACCAAAAGGUACCUUGAUAGCUAUUCUGAUUUCAACCGCUACAUAUCUGCUAAUGGUUCUCAUAUGCGGAGCCACAGUGGCUCGAGACGCUAACGGAAAUGUAGCUGAUCUUAUAAAUGGCUCGUACGCUUUCCUCAAUUGCACGCCAGGUGAAUGCAACUAUGGCUUGCAGAAUUCGUUUCAAGUGAUUGAGCUUGUUUCCGCUUUCGGACCUCUGAUAUAUGCUGGCUGUUUUGCGGCAGCAAUUUCUUCAGCCUUGGCCAGUUUGGUUUCAGCGCCAAAAGUGUUUCAAGCGCUCUGCAAAGAUGAACUCUAUCCGAAAAUCGUGUGGUUCGCCAAAGGUUAUGGCAAAAACAAUGAGCCUGUCCGUGGCUAUGUGCUAACAUUCAUCAUCGCUGUUGCUUUCAUUUUAAUUGGAGAACUCAAUCUGAUCGCGCCGCUUAUUUCGAACUUUUUCCUUGCCGCUUAUACGCUCAUUAACUUCAGCACUUUUCAUGCCAGCUUAGCUAAGCCGGUGGGUUGGCGGCCAACAUUUAAGCCUUUAUUAGCGAAGAUGAUUUGAUGGCAGUACAAGACAAAACCAACCGUUAUUUACGCCUUCGCGAAUAUUUACACGAGCAGUCGAUGAAAUCCGAUUUGGUUGUAAUGACUUUACCGAUGCCUCGGAAGAACAUUGUCUCAGCGCCGUUAUAUAUGGCAUGGCUAGAGAGUUUGAGCCGAGAUAUGCCACCGUUCCUGUUUGUACGUGGCAACCAAACAAGCGUUUUGACAUUUUACUCAUAGACAAUUGCGCACCCCAUCUACAUACAUAUCUAGAAGUGAUAUGUGUAUACAGUGGGCAUCUAGUAAUACGAAUCAUCUACAAAAUGCGAAAAUCAAAAAAAAAAAAAAAAAAGUGUUAUUCGAAUUGAUUUUUCUGAAUUCCCAUAAAAACCCCACUUAGUUUGGCAGCCUUUACCCUAUGCUUCCUGAAUUUUUUAGCAGGAUAAAUUAAAAAUCUAAGUUUGUGCGCAAGUAUCUAUUUUCUUAAGGUUGAAACGUUCAACAAAACCUGUUUAUUAAAAAACUUAAGCAAGUGCACAAUAUGUUCAAUAUGUUUUCAAGAAGUAAUGUGUUUCAUCCAAAACCUCUGUUAAAUUGAUACACGGCCUCAAACAACGAACAAAGUUUAGUUGUCAUAUGACUACGAUGGGAAGGAAAUAUUCAAGUUGGCUUCAAAAAUUUUUUGUCACUGUUCAUAUUAUAGAAAGCAUAUUAGGUAGUCGAAUAUUCACUGUAUAUGCAUGUUUGCUGAAAUAUACAUAUGUACAUAUGUAUGUAUGUAUUGUGUGUAAGCACUAGGUAUAAAAAUCAUUUACCAUUAAUUCGACAUUUUAGUCUCUAUUUAUUUUACUUUGUUUGUACAAAAGUAUGGCAGAAAUUGUUUUUUGUUGAUGUUAAAAUUAAAUUAAUUACAUUAAUUAUUAUUCUGUAUAUGCGACGCGUACAAAACUGUCAAUAAACAUGAUAAAA